AUGAUAUCCAUGCUUGUAUUUCUUCCUUUUGUGAUAUGCGAUAGACUACUAAGACUUAAACAUAAGGAUAGCCAAUAUGUCACCAAUAAUAAUGGAAUUCUGAAGCUCGACUUUCCAUUGCUACCUAGCCUGUCUGAUCAGCGAGUUGUAGUCCACAACCGAGUCUUGUAUUUUCUCAAGGACGGAAUAUAUUAUACACUAGCGAUGGUGCAUGGAGAAUUGGAAAUCAAGCUAAUUGUUUACAAUGCAAUGGGAGAAAAAAGCAUAGGAUUUUCCUCCAAUCCAUCGUUUCGCCCACACAGAAAAAAGAUAGAUCCGUUUGGCUACCUAUCGCAUCCCGGCCGCAAAGACAAUCCAAAUGAAAUAGAGAAAACAAAAGACGUCCCAAGCAGUAAAAGGAAACCUGCAUCGGAAAAGUUAUCCUUGGGAGGAGAGAGAUUUUCAGCUCCAAAGAAAAGAGAGCAAAUAUCUUCCACCGUUCCAAAGGAUCAGGAAGAAUAUGGCAUAGGACAUGGAGGGUGGAAAGAGAGAGGUUUUCGGCAAGCAAAGCAGAGAAAGUCUCUUGAAGCAAAGGUUGCUGAGGAGGGAACUAAAUCGCCGGGUGAAAUCUCCGACGAGAUAGGGGAUCCUGAUAAUAAGAAGGUAUAUGACGUUCCGUCAGAGUCGCAGUUGGAUGUGGAAGUUAACAGUACUUUACACAAUAUAAGGCUCCCCAGAAAAUCUGAAACACCUAAGAGGUCCUAUGUGGUUGAAAGUGAUUCUAAGAUGGAUGAACAUGAGUUUGGAUAUGUCAUAAAGAAUGUGGCCGUCUCAGAAGUAGAUAACAAGGGCCAUUUUACAUUAGUUGGGGGAAAGAACUCUUGUGUGACGUAUUAUAAGGACUCGUUUGUCUUUAUGCCAUGUUCGCGUGCCCCAGAGCAGAUAUUCAAGCUAGAAAGCUCUGAGGAGGUACUAAAGAAGGGAAAAUCCUUUAGUUUGGAGGAACCCAAAGCAACAGAAAAUCAAGAGGCUAUUAUUCUCGAUUCGACAGAGAGUGAGGAUGAAAAGAAAGAGGAACUUUAUAAAGGUCCACAGGGGCCAUCUUACUUCUCCAAAGAUAUCAUGCAUGACUCUACAAACUCUAAGAUAAUGGAUGGUAAAUCAGGCUUCAAGAGUAGUUACAGCCAAUAUCUUGCCAACCGACUGGAUAAAGAUGCUCACAUGGACUACAAUCGAAGAAAUUCCCUAGAGAACUCCGCAGGAAACACUUUGCAUCCAGAAAAAAUACAUAUUCCUUUAAGAACUAGCGUAGAGACUAUAAAGCCUGACACCGGUGUAACUUCUAUUACUACCAACUCACCGGUUCAGGAGAAGAGAAGCAACGGAAAAAAUUUAAGCUCCAAGAUGAAAGAAACAAGCAAACAUCAAAAGCUAAAUUUGGAUGAUGAUUUUAUAGAUAAAUUCCGAGAGCUUCUGACAAACAGCGACUUAAAUGACUUUGUUUAA